AUGCCCCGUUCCCGCUCCAGCAUAACAAGCGAAGGCCACGAACGCCUCGAGCCACGACUCCUUCGCGCUGUCGAAAAUGACGACGUUGAAGCCCUCCACAACAUCAUCACCCUCGCGCGCGAAUAUGGCCAACUCUCCGACAAUUUUCUCCGUAUUGCUCUCAUGCGCAGCGCUGAGCGCAAUCGCGUUACGACAACUGAGUAUCUUUUGAAACUCGGUGCCAAAACUGAUGUCGCGAGCAACAGACUCUCGCCGCUCCUCCGCGCCGUCGACCGGGAUCACUACCAGAUUGUACGACUUCUUCUAGACGCCGGCGCAUCGCCCGACAGCACGGAUAAGGAGGGCCGGAGCGCGCUCAUGACAGCGGCGUGGAAGAAUCAUGCGGAUGUCCUACAGCUGCUGAUUAUGCGGGGUGCGGAUGUGAAUGCGCGCGAUUUAAGAAAGAGAAACGUGUUGCAUAAUCUUGCAGCAGAUAAAGAGUGUUCAUGGGGAUGGGGCGAUGAGAUCGUGAGAUUGCUGCUGAGGACAGACUGCAAGAUAGAUGGAGUUGAUGGACAGGAUGAGCUUGGUCGCUCCCCAUUGCAUUGGGCUUGUGCGACGGGAAAUUCGCGUCUUGCCGAGCUACUGCUUACUCGGCCGGACGGGGGACCGAAGGCGGAAAUCGAUGCCAUGGAGUUGCGGGGAAAGACAGCGUUACAUAUUGCGACAGCACAUGAUCGAACAGAUAUCGUCCAACUACUCCUGACACACGAUGCCGCUGUCAAUGCUUGCAGUGACGGUGGUUGGACGCCGUUGCAUAACGCAUGUGACAAGGGAUGCGAAGAGAUUGUCCGGAUUUUGUUGCGCGCGGGCGCGCAUAUCAAUAGCCAGCUCUUGAAUGGUGUGACCCCGUUGCAUCUCGCAGCACAGGGGGGUCAUCGGGAAGUUGUAGAAUGCCUUUUGGAGAGACCGGACCUCAGGCGGCGGGUGCGGGAUAACUUCGGUAGUACUCCGUUUUUACGUGCAGCGCAAUUCAAGAGGAAGGAUGUGGUGUUGUUGUUGGCUCCGUUCAACAAUGUGAGCUCACUAUCGGAAGAUGUCAAGCAAGCCUCUGCGGCCUUUGACAGUACCAUUGUGGACUUUGGAAAUUUCCAUAAUGAGAAUCGUGUGAAGCGAAUGUCGGUCUACAACCUGCUGUAUGGUCGAGACCCUGAGAAUCCGCGCAAGCAGGCUGUGACCACGAUCCCGGCUGAUAGUCGCGCAACGGAAUUCCGUUGGAUCCAUCUACCGGCAAAUAAUAUGGCUUGGGUUGAGGCUCUUCUGACCAAGUCCUUCAUUGAAGAAGGUGCUCAUGAUGUGGAUGGCUUCAAGGGCCUUGAAAAGUCAUUUAAUUAUCAACAUCGCGGUCAGAAAAUUCACUCACACUUUAUGCGGCCUUUGUGCCAGAACACGCCUCGUACGCCAAGACGGCGCGAAGAAGAAAAGACAGAGGAACCACCGACAGACAGCCAGUCGAUAGUCACAGACAAUAGUUCUGUAUUUCGCAAGCAGAAGGGACUAACAGGAAAGGACCGAGGGGGUUCGCUUGAUGAAAAUAACGAAGGUAUUUCAGGGAAGAAGAACAAGCACAAUCAAAAACGUGGCAAAACAGGAAGCAACCCUGGAACUCCUAAAACUGACACCAAAGCUAAAGCUCCAUGGGGCCCAAGUGAUAAAGGGCGCCUCUCGCUUCAUCCUUCCUCCCUCUGCAAAGAACCCCCUAGCCUCACAUCCGCAUGCAAUAUCUGCGUUUUUAUGCCGUAUUUGCACUUUGAGACUGCAGAGCGCCGACAGAAAAUGCAAGACGCAAUCCAACGGGCCGAGAAAUUGAACUUCGAUUCUCAGCAUCUGAAGAAAACUCGUACGCGGGAUGAGAUGCUGAUUGAUGCGCAUCUUUCGUCUUCCACUACUUCCCUUCAUGUUCGCCGAACGUUGGACCAGUUCUUCUAUCCAAAUAUUGAUACGCAGAGUCGAGACCAGGACCAGGUUGUAUAUCGAUACCAAACCAAGGGCCCGGGGUGCGAAGGGCAAGGCAACGACCCGAAGAUCUUCAUGGUCGAUCAGCUAUGGAUGUGGGUUCUGGGUACGAAUCUCAUUGUGACCAGUUUCCCUCAGCGAUGGGAUCAACCCAAAAAUGAUCCACUGAAUGUGCUGGAUGGGAUCAUCGAGGACAUCAAUUCCAAGACACGUGAUCCUGUAAAGUCGGUGUAUGACCUGGCGAUUAUCAUUACCAAUCGAUGCUCAGGCGUUUUCGACCGACACCGACUGGGAGAUGACGAGUAUCAGUUCUUGGACAUGUUUGAAUCUUCUAUUGGUAUAGCGACUGAUCGAGAGACCCUCCUGUUUAAUCGGUUCAAUCAUGCCUCUGCACAGGCAUCGAGUUGGCUAAAGAGUCAUCGCAAGCUGAACAAAUUUGCCCGUAGCAAGGCCCGUUCCACAUCUGGCCGGGACGUGCCAGAGGAAGUAUGCUCCGAUAGCGACGAUGAUUAUUGUCAUGGCGAUGGCUCCCCACUUUUUGUUGAUGAUCUCCUUGAUAUUGGAGAGGAAACUGAUCUUCUGGCCGAAAUUAAAGAUAUCCGCGAUGAACUGAACAUGAUUCGCACCGUGCUGGAGCACCAGAAACACGUCCUUGCGGACUUCCAGGAAGUAAUUUGUGAAACCUAUCAAGGGCAGCAUCGAUCCCAACACGAGGUCAAAAAGCGAUUCAAAGAUCAACAGCGAAUGAUCGACAUGCACCUCAAAGACAUUGACCGCAUGGAUAAACAAGCCGAGCGCAUCUACCACUCCAUCACUGACUUGCUGGAUCUCAAACAAAAACAUGCCAACGCUUUCGAGGCCCGUUUCGCCCGUGACCAGGCCGCUGGAACCACUCGUCAAAGCAAGACGAUCAUGGUCUUCACCAUUGUCACCAUUGUCUUUCUGCCGUUAUCCUUCAUCACGUCCAUCUUCACGAUUAAUCUGAAGGAAUUUGACAACUUGAAGCUCGAAUAUGUAGCGAAGUAUACAUUUGGUGUUGGAUUUGCUAUUUCCAUUCCACUUAUUCUGGUUGCGCUCUCCGUGGAUGACAUUGGAGAUUUCUUCCGUCAUGGUAGACGCUGGCUGCCCUUCUCUCACCGAGAUACAGCCCCUGCUGAGCGUGUGGACGGCAAUCAUCAGCCAUUAGAGAUCGAGAAGAUACUCAGCCUGGCUCGAUCACGCAGAAGUGCUGAUUUGGAUUAUGGACCCAGUUUGCUGCCUGUUUCUACUCGUGGCACUGGCGCCUCGAGAAGGCCACAAGGUCUGUACGCUAAUGAAUUGGCGAGUGCGACAUUGAGGAAGAGUUACGAGAUACGACGCAGCGUUGAGUACAGGCCUGCAUGA